AUGCUUCUUCUCGCCCUUCUUGCUGGCAUGUACUCGGCGAGAUAUUCUCGCCGAGUCGAACUCCAGCGGGAGGGACUUGCAGAAGAUGCUCUGCGGGAGGCCCUUGCCAGGUCAGAGCGCCAAGCCCGGCAACAACUGCUCCUUGACUGGGAGCAGCUCCUGAGCGAGCCAGACGUGGACGCUCAGGAAGUCGUCCGGGUCGUCCGACCCCACUUACAAGUGUGGCUGGACAACGGGGUCGGACGCCUCACCUACCGUAUGACGCAGGUGCUUACCGGGCAUGGCUGCUUUGGUGAGUACCUGUGUCGCAUCAGACGCGAGUCAACGACGCAAUGCUACAAGUGUGGGGCGGCCAGUGACUCGGUGGAGCACACCGUGGAAGACUGUCCACAGUGGGCUCCGGAACGCCGAGAGCAGGUCGCCAAAAUAGGAAAAGACCUCUCCCUAGAAGCAGUGAUGAAAGUUUUGGCAGGCUAG